AUGCCCAAUAGCUACUGUCAGCAAAAUAUAGCCAAUCACAUGCGUCACUGUCCUUACCUGUAUUUGGAAGGACCUAUCAGCACUUAGUGAAUACAUAGCCAAUGGCUGAAAGCGAAACAGUCACCAAUGAGAUGUUUGGAACGCUCCCCAUGGCAUGAGGGUAAGCCAAUGGGCUUCCGAGAAGGACUGGUUCUGCUCAACAGCUUGUUAUUUCGUUUAUUGCUUGCAGUUCCGUGCAAGCGGGGAGUUGUAGGAGCCGAGUGUUUGUAGUGAAGACAAAUCUUCGAGCUGGAAUCCCUCAAAUAACCUUUGACAAUGAAGGCAGCGGAUGAGCCUGCCUACCUAACAGUGGGAACAGAUGUUAGUGCCAAGUACCGGGGUGCCUUCUGUGAGGCAAAGAUCAAGACAGUAAAAAGACUGGUAAAAGUCAAGGUUACUCUGAAGCAAGAUAACUCUACGCAACUUGUCCAGGAUGACCAAGUGAAAGGACCUUUAAGGGUUGGUGCAACAGUUGAAAUGAAAACAACUGAUGGAUCCCCGCAGGAAGCAAUUAUUAGUAAACUGACAGAUGCAAGCUGGUAUACAGUGGUUUUCGAUGAUGGUGAUGAAAGGACGUUACGGAGAACAUCAUUGUGUCUGAAGGGAGAGAGGCAUUUUGCAGAAAGUGAGACUUUGGACCAACUUCCACUAACAAAUCCUGAACAUUUUGGAACUCCCGUAAUUGGUAAAAAAACAAACAGGGGAAGGAGAUCGUCUCUUCCAAUGACUGAAGAUGAAAAAGAAGAAGAAAGCAGUGAAGAAGAAGAUGAAGAUUUAAAGCGCCUUAAUGAUGAACUGUUGGGCAAAAUAGUCAGUGUGCAAUGCAGUUUGCCUAAGGAUUGGUUUACAGCACUGGUUGUAUCUCCAAGCUGUAGUGAUGAUGCUUCUGUAAAAAAGGACCAGUGUUUGGUUCGUUCGUUUGUUGACUCAAAGUUCCAUUCAGUUGCAAGGAAAGACCUCACUGAAGUUGAUGUCAAUGUCCUAAAUUCGGAGCAUUUUGGAAAGCAAGGUGUGCAGGAUGCCAUUGCUUUCUUGAUCUCCAAGACAAUCCCUGAAAAAUGGAAAAUGGACAUGAAUGAAAUCCUUGAAUCUUCCAGCAGUGAUGAAGAAGAUGGAGAGGAUGAUGCUUGUGACAGUGAUCAAAACAAAGAAGAGGAGGUGGAAACAGAGCCUGAAGAGGAGGCAGAUCCAGCAGAGAGGGACAUCUUCCUUCAACAACUCUACAAGUUUAUGGAAGACAGAGGUACUCCAAUCAAUAAGCCACCAGUAUUAGGCUACAAGGAUCUGAAUCUCUUCAAACUUUUUAGACUUGUGUACCAGCAAGGAGGCUGUGACAAUAUUGAAAGCGGCGCUGUGUGGAAGCAAAUUUAUAUGGACCUUGGUAUUCCCAUAUUAAAUUCAGCUGCGUCAUAUAAUGUAAAAACUGCAUACAAAAAGUAUCUGUAUGGGUUUGAGGAGUACUGUCGCUCUGCAAAUAUUCAGUUUAGGACUAUUCACCAUAAUGAUCCUAAACCAAUAGAAGAGCCUAAAGUGGAAGAAGAGAAACCAAUGGAGAGCAGUGAGCAAAAAGAGACAGCAUCGCCUUUAUUAGAUGCAAAAAUGAAAGAGGAAGAUGAAUCGGACUCUAGCAGCGAAUAUGGAAAAGAAGAGACUGAAACUGAAAUGAAAUCACCAAGGGGGAGGAGAAGGUGUGCAUUCAAUGCGUUUUCUGUUGUGACGGAUGUUGAGGACAGUGACACUAGAAAGGACAACAACAAGGAAAACAAGGAUAUUGAGGAAGACCUGAACAAAACAGAGGAAAAGGAGGAAGAUGAAAGCACUCCUGUGCGAAGGAGCUUACAGUGCCGAGCAAAAGGAGAUCAGAAAACCAAAAAGCAAGAUGAGUCAGAAAGAGAAUCUGAUGAAGAUGAUGAAAAACCAUGUGAAGGAAAAGAGGAUUCUGAGCACAAGGGAGAGACUGAAGAAGAGGAUGAAGACACAGAGGAUCGAGACUAUCUCGCUGGAACUAAAGUUAAAGUGAAGUAUGGGCGUGGGAAAACUCAGAAAAUUUAUGAGGCAAAUAUAAAAAGCACGGAAGUGGAUGGAGGAGAGCUAUUAUACCUGGUUCAUUAUUAUGGCUGGAAUGUAAGAUAUGAUGAAUGGGUAAAAGCUGACAGAAUCAUCUGGCCUUCAGACAAGGGUGGACCAAAGAAAAAGCAAAAGAAAAAAACAAAAAAUAAAGAUGAAAAUGAAGAAAAGAAAGAGGAUGAUAAGCGAUCAAAACGAGGCCGUCCUCCUUUAAAGUCAGCUCAUCAGACUAAUAUGACCUGUGGUCUGCCAAAAACUCCGACUAGCGAGGGCAAGACAUCCGUUAAAAACAUGAGAAAUAGCUUAUCGGAUAGCUCCUCAUUAUCAAAUGGGCUAGAAGGAUCAGCCAGGAGAAGAACAAGGAGGAGCUCUGGAUUAUAUGAUUCUGACAGAUGCUCAAAUGACUCAAGCACAUCUGAAAGUGAAUCUGAUGAAACAUCAGAAAAGGCAUCAGUAAAAGAGGAGGAGGUCCUACCAAAGGCUGAAGAAGAACCAGAGAACAUUUUAAGCCUAGUUGAUAUCAGUCCUGUAAAGGAAGUGCCGCCAGUAAUUUGUCUUCUAAAAGAUCCGGAACACAGUCCAACAAAGCCAGCAGAAACUUUAAAACAAGAAGUGGAGGAAAGUGAACAAAUCGUUCAGAUUUACGGAAAGCAAACAGAAGAAUUGGAAGAAAUAAAGGAGGCAGAACAUCUGCCAAAGUCCAAGGGAAGGAGAAGUAAAACAAAAGAUUCUUCUGUAGAGAACACAAAAUGUUUGUCAGCAACUCAGGAAGAUACAUUGGUUGAGCCUCAUGUGGAAGAGGACACGUUAGACCUUCCAUCAUUAUCCCCUUUACAAAGUAAGGAGCUGCCGUUCACUCCAAAGGAAGCAGAACUUCCGAAUGACCAACUUGCACAGGAGAAAAAAGGACUAAAAAGAAAACCACUAGAGCAGUCUUCUCCUGACAAGAAAUUGCGGACAGAGUGUGACCCAGAACUGCCUGUCAUUGUUGCAGAGGAAAAAACUGAAGAGAAUAAUGAGGCUCAGGAACACUUUAACACUAUUCAUGAAGAUGAGGAGCUUCCAAAUGUAAACGAGGAAAUGCCCUCCUUAACAGCUGAGCUUGAACAUGUGCAUAGCACAAGGACUGAUGAAUUUGAUAUACCACUGAAUGAAAUCACUAAUAUGCCCUACCAAGAGGACCAGGACACAAUGCCCACAAUUGGGCCUGAAAAUCUGGUCUGCCAUGAAGUGGAUCUGGGUGAUUUUGAUGAAAAGGACAAGGUAGAGGAUAUAGUAAUGGAAAAGGUGGAGCAAGACACACAAACCAUACACCCACCUACGCUGCCUCCUGCAAUACAGCCCCAUAGUUACUCUGUGGCAUCUCCACUUGCACUCAGUCAUGACGAGUCACACAGCAUAAAAAGUGAAAGUGACAUAACAAUUGAAGUGGAUAGUGUGGCAGAAGAAUCCCAAGAAGGCCUUUGUGAGAGCGAAUCUGCAAAUGGAUUUGAGGCCAGCACCACUUCAAGCAAUUGUAGUGUAACGGCACAGGAAGCAGAUAUAACAGAAAAGGGUAAUUUUAUUACUUGUCAUAAAAGGAUAAAUGAGAGCCUCAGUGGAUCAUUAGCAAAGAAACAAAAGCGCACACCAAAGCGAAUAAGUACUUCAUCUAAAGUUGAAAAGAAUGGCAUAGGCCAAAGUAGUGACAGUGAAGACCUUUCCACGCUGGAUACUUCCAGUAAAUGUACUCCUAUUAAACACCCGGGUGUGUUGAAACCGCAAAAGAUCAUAAGAUCUCCUGUCAGAAUCACCUCCCCUCAUAAUAAAGAUGGCGAAAAGGAUAAGCAUCGAGAAAAGCACCAUCCGCAUACAUCACCCAGGGCAUACAAAUGGACUCUGCAGCUAAGUGAACUGGAUAACAUGACUGGCACUGAGAAGAUAGUCUUCCUCCAAGACAAGCUGCAGGAAAUGAGAAAAUACUACAUGUCCUUGAAAUCAGAAGUAGCCACAAUAGACAGAAAGCGAAAAAGGUUAAAAAAGAAGGACCGGGAAGUGUCCAAUACAGGAGCCUCAAUGUCUUCAGGAUCAUCAGAGACAGGCAUGAGCCCUUCUUCUGCUUCUCCCCCACAGAACACUCUUGCUCUGGAGUGCAGGUGAUACCUGCCUUCUCCUCCUUUCCAGCAGUCUGCUGCCAUGGACACAACUAUCCCCCACUAUACCACCACAUAGAGCACUCUUACCGGUUUGACAUUGCCAAGUGUUUUUUUUUUUUUUUGCCAUUUUUGAAUAAUCCUCUGCUGAAUUGCAUAAUGAAUUCCCUUUUCACCAGGUCUUUUUUUUUAUUCUUAUUAAAUAAGAUUAUUGGAGAUAGGAGACUAGCAGUCAGUGGGCCACAGACCGACUCCAAUGAAAAAUAAGACUCCUACAAAGGCCCACAGAAAGAAACCUGGAAAAUGGACUGCUAGUUAGCACCUACCAACUGCAGCUUUCCGUUCCACCUGGCUGCCUCUCCUCUUCAUUCUCUAGCGUCUUCAUUUUGGAAGCACUUGCGAUCUACAGAACUGCCAAAGUCCAAUGUGUUCAGCAGAGUGCCCAGUUUUAAAGCUGUAAGCGAGACAAAAUACAUUGUGAAAGGGAGUGUGUAGUUGGCUGAAAACUACAUUCAAACAGACGUCUUCCACUUUUUACAGGAAUUUAGAGCACACGAUUAUGCAAAUAUUUUAAAUGUUUAUUAAUGUUUACAGUGGAAUUGUGAAUGUUUUCAGUGGACUAUCCUACCCCCUGGCAAAUAUAUUUUGUCUUUUUUUCUAUGUAAUUUUCAGAGUUUUUAUUUUGUUACAAAAAAAGACAAAAAGAAAAUAUAUAACAGCAGCAAAGUUAUUUAACAAGAUUUCUAAAGCUGAUUUUUUUUUCCUUCUUUUUUUUUGUGUAAAAUAAGGUAUUAUCUUACAACUUGUUAAAUAUAUUUAUUCAAACAUUGGAUGUUGUAUUUUUAUGUAUUUUUUAAAAUAUUAAUAAAAAAAAAAAAAAAAGAAAAACGAAGAGAAGGGUCUAGCUUAGUUCUCUACCAAUACAACACAGUAGCUCUUAAAAAUGAAUGAUUUUGUUUUUGUUUUUUUGGCGCUUGGCUCUACAACACUGAACAAGCUAUUCUCAUAUUCCUAAAACUUUGGCAGUCUUUGUACUUACCUCCCUGCAGGAAAUUUCUGUCCACUUAACUCUUUCUAAGCCAGUUUCCAUGUUACUAUACUGCUGAAUGAUGCUCCUACAUGCAGCAUUACAGUAAUGCACCUAUGUAUGUGAAGGCUAUGGGUUGCCCCCCAUAGGCACAAAUGACAUUUUUUGUAAAUAAUCCUGAAGUCUGUAUUUAAAAGAUUUUUCAUAUACAUGUACAAAAGUGAUUUUUUUAAAAGCAAUUUUUACUCAUGUUUGUACAUUAAAAAUGGGGUUUUACCCUUCUCUCCGUGUUUAAUAUACUGUAGACUAACAAAUAUGGAUUCUCUAGACCAAUGUUUUUAACCAGAUCCCAACACAGCCUUUGUAAUCAGGAAACCCCAGCUUCUCUUAUAUUCAUAUAUAUAUAUAUAUCUAUAAAAGCACUGCAGUUUAGUAAAUCACUGAUUGAUUGUCAUUUAUCCCUUUUCUGCCAGAAGGGCAGAUGAAUGGACCUCGCUUUCUGGCAACGUUGAGGGUAAUUUUUAGUCUGCCUGGGGUAUGCAGAAUCCAGGGGUAAGACUUGCCCCCACCCACCCAUCCAUAUCUGUAUAUCAGAAUGAGUUUACAAGAGCUGAUAGUUAAGAGUUAAACACUAGCGAGGGGUAGCAUUACUAAACAAAUCAAUGUAUUUUAUUUUGCCGCAUUGUUAACUUGUAAGUCAAAUUCCUUUUUCAGCACAGAGUAUUUAACCCCUUGGCUGCCAAAAGGGGUUAAAGAAAAAGUACUCCUGUAAAAUGCACUUUUUCUGUCUUUCUUAAGCAACGCAGAGUUGUGUAUGUAUAGAGCGCUCAGCUAAGAGCAUUAAUAAAGGCAAUGGUUUCAAGUAGCUUGA